GAGAUCUGUGCAAGAACCUUCUUCAGAAUCACUGCACCAUUAGUAAAUAAACGAAAGGAGUAUUCAGAGAGAAGAAUUAUAGGGUACUCAAUGCAAGAAAUGUAUGAUGUUGUAUCAGGAAUGGAGGAUUAUAAGCAUUUCGUCCCUUGGUGUAAAAAAUCAGAUAUAAUAUCGAGGAGAUCUGGAUAUUGUAAAACCCGAUUAGAAAUUGGGUUUCCACCUGUUUUGGAGUGAUACACAUCAAUAGUAACCUUGGUAAAACCGCAUUUGGUAAAGGCAUCUUGUACUGAUGGGAAACUUUUCAAUCAUUUGGAGACUAUUUGGCGUUUUAGCCCAGGUCUUCCUGGCUAUCCAAGAACUUGUACCUUGGAUUUUUCAAUUUCUUUUGAAUUCCGCUCCCUUCUGCACUCUCAGCUCGCUACAUUGUUCUUCGAUGAAGUCGUGAAACAAAUGGUAGCGGCCUUUGAAAGAAGAGCAUGUAAACUCUAUGGUCCAGAGACAAACAUUCCUCGGGAAUUAAUGCUUCAUGAAGUUCACCACACCUAAGAGGAAAAUAAGAGCUGCCUCCACCUACUCUUGGCUAGUUUGUUCACUUUCAGGUAGUCCUUUCGCCAUCCAUUGAGAAGCCAGAAAGCAUUUGUUAAACC